CCAGGCCUUGGAGUGAAAGGGGGGGUGUAAAAAAAAAAAAAAAAAAAAAAGAAUGAAGGGGGACGACAGUGUAUAUAAUGUGUAGUGUGUGUGUAGUGUAGAGGUGGGAAUUAGACAGAUUGGAUAUGUUCAGUCAUUCAUAGGAGCUCCAGGAAAGGGUGGGGUUACCGCCUGCACAAUGGGUGGGUUCAGAAGGAUGGAGGGGUGUGAGAGAAAGAGUGAGAGGGAGAGAGAGAGAGAGAGAGAGAGAGAGGAGGGCUUUAGAGGGUGCACUCAUUGUUGCCUCAGAGUGAGCGACCAGCCGUAGUGUGUGUGCGUUUGGGCCUGACUGUAAUGACUAAAAGCAUCAGACGCCUCAGCUGUUGAUACAGCCCGAGAGUGUGUGUGUGUGCAAGAGAGGGAGAGGGAGAGAGAGAGAGAGCAAGAGAGCGCUUGAGCGAGCGAGCGAGGGAGUGUGAGAGAAGUGCAAAAAAGGGAAGAAGGCGGCAAAAAAAGGAAGGAUACCACAAGCAUGCUCUGCUGUAUAAGAAGAACAAAGCCGGUUGAGAAGACCGAAGAGGCUGACCAGGAGAUCAAGCAAGAUGGAACCAAACCAGAAGACAAAGCCCACAAGGCUGCCACCAAGAUCCAGGCGAGCUUCCGAGGACACAUAAUCCGGAAAAAAAUGAAGGAUGAUGACAAGGAGGAGGACAGUCCUGCUGCUGAGGCCAAGGCCGAGGAUAACGAGGGAGAGAAGAAAGAGGAGGAGAAAGCCGCUUCUCCUACCGUGGAUAAAAAAGACGAAGCUGCGAAGGACGAGGAAAAGGCCAAAAGUCCCACUAACUCUCCAGCAGCAGAGGAAAGCAAGGCUGAAGCUCCUGCCACCUCUCCUUCAGAACCUAAAAAGGAUGUGAAGGAGGAACCAAAGGAAGCAGAGAAGCCUAAAGAAGCAGAAAGUGCAGACGUCGAGGCUGAGAAGCCCUCAGAGAAUGUAGAUGCAGAGAAGAAGGAGGAGGGAAAUGAGGAGGAGAAGAAGGCGGAAGCCAAACAAGCCGACGUGCCUGUCACUGCUAGUGAGACAGCUGAUUGUGAAGCUGAGGUGAACCAAACACAAGACAAACCAGAUGCUGCAGAAGACUCCGAGCAGGCAGAGGGUGACGUUUCAGGGGCGGCGAAUGAGGAGGACAAGGCUGAGUGCGCUUGAGAAGAACCGCCGUUGUAAUACUAUAACAUAAUUAAACGGUUGCUCUUUGCCCUCUGAUUGUGGAGACAGUCAGUUUUAAUUUGUUUGGUCCUAUAUAUUUUCUUUCGUGUGGCAAAAUGAUUUUCUUACAUCUUGGGGAGGGGUUUGUGGGGCGGGGUGGGGAGGGGAGGGGGGGAGUUUCCAUACGCAACUUUGCGGCUCAAGCUAGCAGUGAACGUGCAAGAACGUGGCUGCUUCUUCGAUGUGCGAGAAAACAACAUUGUACGUUCAUCGAUGUCACAAAAAAGGGACAGGA